UGGAGGAAGAGAGAAGCGGAGGAAAACGUUAUUUCCUUUUCCCCUCUCCCCUCCCUCUUACUUUCGAAACGCCUGAUACUCGAGCCAUCAACUAACGUGACUUCUGACUCGUCCCCAGGCUCUUCAGUAUCUUCGUAAGCUGUGUAACCACCCCCUUCUGGUGCUUACUGCCAAUCAUCCAGAAUACGACAAGGUCAUGGACCAACUACAUCAGCAGAACAUAUCCAUCCGGGAUAUCCAACACGCUGCCAAACUAGUCGCCCUCAAGCAGCUUCUGUUGGAUUGUGGGAUAGGAGUGAGUUCUUCGUCCCCAGGCUCCAGUGAUUUGUCGUCAGACCCGGUUGUGUCUCAGCAUCGUGUACUGUUAUUCUGCCAACUGAAGAGCAUGUUGGACAUUGUUGAAAAUGACCUCCUCAAAAAACAUAUGCCUACUGUGACAUACCUCAGACUUGAUGGAAGCACGCCUGCGGGCUCACGUCACUCUCUCGUACAAAGAUUUAACAACGAUCCAUCUAUCGAUAUUCUGUUGCUGACAACACAUGUUGGAGGGCUGGGGCUAAACUUGACUGGUGCCGACACCGUUGUCUUUGUGGAGCAUGACUGGAACCCAAUGAAAGACUUGCAAGCCAUGGACCGAGCGCACCGUAUCGGACAGAAGAAAGUUGUUAACGUGUAUAGAUUAAUCACACGGGGAACGCUUGAGGAAAAGAUUAUGGGGCUUCAAAAGUUUAAACUGAACAUCGCCAACACAGUCAUCUCACAAGACAACUCAAGCUUAUCGACCAUGGACACAGGACAGCUCCUUGAUCUGUUCUCUGUCGAUAAGGAGAAAAGGAAAGAGAAGACCUCCGCACAACAGCAAAGUGAAGGAGGCAAGACUUCACUGAAAGCCAUGAUGGAAAAUCUAGGCGAGUUGUGGGAUGAGGAGCAAUAUGAAACAGAGUACAACUUGGACAAUUUUAUCGGCUCGCUUAAGUGACACGCAAGGAUAAGAUCCGCUUGUUGGUAGAGAUGAAGUUGUUGCAAGCCGCGCUGCUCCCUGUGAUGUCACCAUUGAGAUGCACUCAAGCUGUGGCUGUUGAUCUUGCGACAGUAAAUUACACAUGUUGAGCUGGAAAUUGUAAAAAUUUGAAGUCAAUCAGAUUUGAAAACUUGUUGAGGACAUUUGCAUAAGUUGCGUUCUGAAAUGAGACUUGGAAAAUAAACUCAAGCGAAAGCAAUUCAGGAAAUUAGACAGUGCGCAACCUGUUGUCAAUCAAGAGCAACAGAGUGAUUUGAGAAGUUUAGAACGCCUUGGUGUUGAACGAGUCCUAAUAAAUGGCGGAGAAACGAAAGAAGCGAACUCAGUAAUGAUGUCACUGCGGUGGAGUCCGGACGAAAUAGGUGUCGCCCAGCACCGUUACGCACCAGCCAAGAUUAUUUGAGAAUGAACAUUGUACACUAGAGUUAGAAGUUUCCAGGCCUUUAUGCCUUAAAAUAUAUGGUUGACAGUCCAUUCGAAAUAAAGUCACUGUUACAGUUGUGAUAAAUCUUUGAGAGCUGAAGGAAUCACUACGGCUACCCCGAGGACGACGCUUAGUUAAAAACUUUAAUUUUAAAUUCAUUGUAGUUUUUCGAUCUUUUCAUUGGGUCUAUCGAUGUAAAAACCUGCUCGUGCUAAAUAUAUCACGAAAUCCCUCAGUCCCAAACAGAAAUAUGAAAAAUUAGCCGUCAUUGCUCAGUCUCUGCAGAAUACGUAAAACUACCGAGAUCUUCAACACGCGUGCACACGUUCUGCUCCGAACCACGAGGUUUUACAAACACGUCUUCCCGUAAUAAAUGGUUUCGCACGCACUCGCUUUGACGUAAUAUCAAACACGAAAGACCGUGUUUGACCACAUUUCCAAACACGGAGAAGAGAG